AUGGCUCAGAUGAUCUCCACCAUGCCCAUUCUGGACGCCGUCCCGGCCGCGUCCGCCAUUAUGGCGCCCAAACUGCAGGCCGCCGCCGCCGCCUGCCUGGACGCGCCGCCCUCGGGCAUCACCGUCGUGUCGAGGCAGCACGUUCGCCCGGACGCCGCGUCGGCGAUCGGUGACCUCACGCUGUCCGUCUCCGACCUGCCCAUGCUGUCGUGCCACUACAUCCAGAAGGGGCUCUUCUUCCCGGCCCCCGACCUGCCCAUGCCCUCGCUCGUGUCGCUCCUCCUGUCGUCGCUGUCGCGGGCGCUCGCCGUCGUCCCGGCCCUCGCCGGCCGCCUCGUCACGCUGCCCGACGACCGCAUCGUCAUCCGCUGCAACGACGCGGGCGUGGAUUUCCUCCACGCCGUCGCACCCAGCCUGUCACUUGACGACUUUCUCGUCCCUGACUCCGACGUGCCCACCAAGCUGACAAAGGACUUGUUCCCCAUGGACCGGACCGUGAGCUACGAAGGCCACCGUCGCCCGCUCACGUCGUUCCAGGUCACCGUGCUCGGUGACGGCGCCGUCUUUAUCGGCAUCGUCGCCAACCACGCCGUCGUGGACGGUACCUCCUUUUGGCAAUUCUUCAACACCUGGGCGGCCAUCUGCCGCGGCGAGUCACCCAAGGUGCCGGACUUCCGCCGAAACUUCUUUGGCGAGUCCACUGCCGUCCUCCGCUUCCCCGGCGGCGUCGGCCCGUCGGUGACCUUCGAUGUGGACGCGCCUCUCCGUGAGCGCGUCUUCCACUUCAGCGCUGACGCAAUUCGCGAGCUGAAAGCAAUAGCCAACCGUCGUCCGAGCGGUGGCCAGGACGCGGAGGUUUACGGCAAGAUGGCGCAUGACCCCGAGAAUCCCCAAGUGCGCGGGGAGAUCUCGUCGUUCCAGUCGCUUUGCGCGCAGAUAUGGCUCGCGGUGACGCGUGCCCGGAAACGCCUGGCGCCCGACGCGACGACGACGUUCCGAAUGGCGGUGAACUGCCGGCACCGGCUGCAGCCGGCCAUCUCACCUGUCUACUUUGGCAACGCCAUCCAGAGCGCUGUGACGAUGGCGACGGUGUCGGAGCUGGCUCGCAGCGAUCUACGCUGGGCCGCGGGCAAGCUGAACGAGAGCCUCGCGGCGUACGGCGACGGCACGAUCCGGCGCGCGGCGGCGGCGUGGCAGGCCGCACCCCGGUGCUUCCCACUGGGCAACCCCGACGGCGCGGUGAUCACGAUGGGGAGCUCGAACCGGUUCCCGAUGUACGAGGGCAACGACUUCGGGUGGGGCCGGCCCCUCGCGGUGCGGAGCGGGCGCGCCAACAAAUUCGACGGCAAGAUGUCGGCGUUCCCGGGACGCGCCGGGGACGGCAGCGUGGACAUCGAGGUGUGCCUGCCCCCGGAAACCAUGGCGGCGCUGCUCCGCGACGCCGAGUUCAUGCAGUACGUGUCGUGCCCGUCGCAUCUGUUGUGA